UGGAGGCAGGUUGAAUGAUGCGUCAUAUUUACGCGACGCUGUUUUAAGGAGCGGCGCUUUGUAUGGAAAUCGACCGAGGAUUUGUCAAGUUAAAUUAACAGCUUAAUAAACUCCAGGAACAUGGGUCCAGUUGAGCUCCUGCAUAUGUCCGUGUUCUCUCAGAGUUUCUCUCCCUGCGGGCGUUUCCUUGCAGCGGGUAAUAACUAUGGAGAGAUCGCGGUGUUCAGUCUUUCAGCUGCACUGAGUCCAGAUGCAUCACAGGCGAGCCAGAAGCCCAUCCUUAACUUCACUGCUCAUGAUGGUCCUGUGUUCUCUCUUCUCUCCACGGACACUCAUCUCCUGAGUGCUGGGAAUGGAGAGAUCAGUGCCUGGAGUUGGGCAGAGCUCAUCAAAAAAAGCACCAAAGCUGCAUGGACAAGGAAACCCAGUUAUGAGACUAGUCUUGAAAUACCAGAGAUCAAUGCAAUGAUCAUUAACCCAAAGGACAACAGCUUGAUAGUUGGAGGAGGUGACAAUAAUAUUCACAUCAUGGACAUGGAGACUGGCAUCUUUAAGGUCAGUUAGACUACAUCUUUGUAUCUCCAGGGACAAUAUUUUGAAGGCCCGCCAACACGGUAUGAUUUCCCCUCUUGCACUUCUGCUUAAAUAAUAGCUUAAAAAAACGUGUUCCUAAGGAAAUAUAAUAAAAUAAAUAUCUAACAAAACUGUUUAAAUGAAUUGACAUUUUCCAAAUAUAGAGAUAGUUACUGCAGACUGUUUUGUAACACCCUAUACUGAAUUCACAAGCAGACAUUACA